ACCUUCUUCUCGUAUAUUUCUCUCUCUCGCCCGCAACCGAACACCAACAUCACUUAUAUCCAGACGUCCACCAACAGACUGUACUCGUGUCUUCGGUCAACCCCUUCUUAUCUCGACAAUGGCUGCACUCACAAACGGUCAAGAUCGCAGGGCUCGCUUUACUGCCGUGUUCCCAAAGCUUCAGAAGGAGCUCAUCGAAUUUGUCAUUGCUCAGGGAUUCCCGCAGGAGGCUCUCUCAUGGUUCCAGAGGAAUCUCGAAUACAAUGCUCCUGGGGGAAAGCUCAACCGCGGCAUGUCUGUAGUCGAUACCUUGGAGAUUCUUAGAGGAGAACCUCUAAGUGAAGAGGAGUACUUCAAGUCGGCGUUGCUUGGGUGGUGUGUUGAGCUGCUUCAAGCAUUCUUCUUGGUCUCUGACGACAUCAUGGACACCUCUAUCACACGCCGGGGUCAGCCCUGCUGGUACAGAGUGGAAGGCGUCGGAAUGAUUGCUAUCAACGAUGCGUUCAUGCUUGAAGGCGCCAUCUAUCACCUGCUCAAGAGCCAUUUCCGGAAAGACUCUUACUACGUCGACUUGCUUGACCUUUUCCACGAGACGACAUUCCAAACGGAGCUUGGGCAACUCAUUGACUUGAUCACCGCGCCCGAGGAUCACAUUGAUCUCGAUCGCUUCUCCCUCCGCAAGCAUCAGCUCAUCGUGAUCUACAAGACUGCAUACUAUUCGUUCUAUCUUCCUGUGGCUCUCGCUAUGUAUAUGGCCGGCAUCCAAGACCAAGCAGCUUUCAAACAAGCACAAGAUAUCCUCAUUCCUCUCGGAGAAUACUUCCAGGUCCAGGACGAUUACCUGGACUGCUAUGGCGCUCCAGAAUUUAUCGGUAAAAUUGGCACCGAUAUUCUCGACAACAAGUGCUCAUGGAAUGUCAACGUUGCUCUCGCAGCCUGCACGCCGGAGCAACGAAGGGUCCUGGACGAGACUUAUGGCCGCAAGGAUUCUAUUUGCGAGGCGAAGGUCAAGGAAAUCUUCCUUGCUGUCGAUAUUCCCGGCAAAUAUGCAGCAUAUGAGCAACAAUCCUACGAGAAGAUCAAUGGACUCAUUGAUGGUAUUGCUGAGACACCUGGUGGUUUAAAGCGCGACGUGUUCCGAGCCUUCCUCUCCAAGAUUUACAAGCGCACCAAGUAGUCCAGCUAGAGAAUGCAUCUUGCCCUUAUUUUGACCCGUUUCCCUUCUCCGUGAGCGGUUGCAGAUCUCAACUUCAUCAGUAGUAUCAAGAAUAGAAACAAAUAUGC